GUAGCUCGCGUUCUGACUUGCGACGAUCUGGAUGACUUCAACAACUCUGAACUACGACUUCUAGUAGCACCUGUGCAUGAUGGAAGGGCUCGCGACGCCUCAGCAGCAGACUGACGAAGACCCAGUGCAAACUCAACCUGUUCAACAACAACAACCAGCAGAAACUACAGAAACUGCAGUAGUGUCGACCAGCAGUGAAGAUCCGCCUUCUGAAUGGGAAUCACUGCGAGAUCAUUUGCGAAAGGAACCUCAAGAUGCUGAUUCAUGGCUGAAGUUGGUUGACCUUGCGGAAGAGUCAGGAGAUUACAACCGUACGAAGGAAACCUAUGAGGCUCUAUUGGAGCAAUAUCCGAACACUUCCUCGGCCCAGAUAGCCUACAUCAACUUUAUUUUGGAAUCAAGUCACCCCGAUAAGUUCCAGCAUGCAGUCACUCUGUUCAAUCGAUUCUUGAAGUCCUCUCCGUUCGUUGACUUAUGGAAGUUCUAUCUUUCAUAUGUGAAACGCAUGAACCAGGGUCCUAACGUACGCGACACGGUGCGCAAAGCCUACGAGUAUGCUCUAAAUCAUAUCGGGCAUGACAAAGAGAGCACUGAAAUCUGGACGGAUUACAUCCAGCUUUUGAAAUCGGGAGAGUCUGCCAACCCUUGGGAUGAGGGUCAGAAGAUGGAUGCUAUCCGCAAAGCUUACCAGCGUGCUGUUCAAACCCCCAUGGACGGAGUUAAGAGACUCUGGGAAGAGUAUCAGGAGUUUGAGAACAACCUGAACAAAAUCACGGCGAAGAAGUUCAUCUCUGAUCUACAAGCGGCCCAUAUGCAAGCGCGUACUGUACUAAACCAACUGCAGGAGCAUUUGAUAGUACUCUUCCCACCACCGCCACCCUCAAAGUCAGGUCGUCCAACCAUAUGGUUACCGCGCGCCCCGACCUUUAAUGCGAACGAUAAGGCAUUGGUUGGACGUUGGCGCAUGUACUUGAAAUGGGAAGAAAGUAAUCCGCUCGAGAUUGAGGAGAAGGAUAAGUCUCAACUUCAUUCGAGGAUCCAAAGUGUGUAUCGCAAAGCCAUCGUCCGAAUGCGGUAUUUCUCGGAAGUCUGGUACAUGGCCUAUGUGUGGACAAUGGGUUUAAGUAACGACCAGAGUCUGCCUGAGAACAAACGCAAAGAGAAGCGUGAUGAAGCUCUGAACAUUUUGAAAGCAGGAAUCGAAGCCAACCCUGCGAGUUUUGUUCUGAACUUUGCGUAUGCCGAAGCGCUGGAAGAUAGUAAGAACUACGAGGAAGUGCACAAUAUCUUCAAGAAAUUCCUCGAUGUCCUCCGACAGAACCUUGAAACCGCUGAAGCCAAUCAAGCCAAUCUUUCGUUCAGCUCAGAUGGCACUCAAGCGACUCAACCUGUCGAGACAAAUGGAGUUGGCCCCAGUGGGAGUCAGAGUCAGGAUAACUCUCAGCAGUCCCAGCAAUCCCAAGUUAGCUUCUCGUCUUCUCAAGGUUCUCUGUUUGGAAAGAGCAAGGAAUUGAGCGAUCGACGGACUGAGUAUGGUAUCGCGUGGAUCGUAUAUAUGAGGUUUGCGAGAAGAGCCGAGUCCUUGCAAUCUGCGAGAGGUGUAUUUUCAAGAGCGAGGAAAGACAAAUGGACGCCAUGGGAGGUGUACGAAGCUGCAGCUCUUAUGGAGUAUCAUUGUACCAAAGCUUCCGACAUUGCGACACGUAUCUUCGAGAAAGGUCUUGAAUACUUUAGUGAUGAAGUAGAGUUCGCACUAAGAUAUCUCGGGUUCCUCAUCUCGAUCAACGACGAUGCCAAUGCACGGGCGCUGUUUGAGCGUGUGGUCAACAUGUUUCCACCGGAAAAGUCCAGACCUAUCUGGGAACGAUGGGCUCGGUAUGAGUAUCAGUUUGGUAACCUGCAAGCGGCGCAGAACCUUGAAAAACGGAUGGCGGAGACCUUCCCUAAUGAUCCUCCCAUAAAGCGGUUCGCAGAACGCCAUAAGUACUUGGGUACGGAUGCGAUUGCGGUACGUGACCUAGGAUUCGUUUUCGGUCGCAAUGGAGGCACAAGCGCUCGUUCGAACGGAAGUUCUCUUGCUCGAACAGAGACGCAACAGUCUAUUCUUUCUCCCGUAGUCAACCAAGCUGUGGCAGCUUCGCAAGCCGCAGCUGCUUCCAUCAGCACCAAAAGACCGCCUUCACCAGAUGGUCGACGUAAGGGUGACCAUGAGUAUGGGCCUCCAACGAAGAAACACAGACCGCCAUCUCCGUCUAGAGAACGAGAGUGGGACAGGGAAAGGCGAGAAGCUCCUGUGAGAAGACGAUAUGUUUCGCCACCUUGGGAAGAUCGAAGCCGCGAGCGUGAGGGUUACGGGCGAGCAGGUUACAGGGAAAAGGAGGAGGAGAAAGGUGUUAACCUACCUCCUGUUUUGUCGUGGUUUGUGGGGAUGUUGCCUCCCCCUACUGCGUUUGAUGGGCCUGUGUUCCGGACAGACGAUUUAAUGCAAGUCUUCCGGAACGCUGUGAUUCCCAGUUCAACGGGCAUAAAGGCUCGUUCACCUCCUCGAGCUGGUGGUAGACCACCUCCCGAUUACAGUCCUUAUACAGGACCAGGAGGUGGUGCUCCUCCUCGUCGAGGUCGUUAUUGAUCCAAAAACGUUCUAUUUGAUAACAUUCUUCAUGUUGCUCGACCAUUAUCUUGGAUUUUUUUGAAAUACAUAUGCCCAUGCUUUCCUCUUCAAUCGACCUGCUUGACUUGAACGUUGAGCGUGUUAAAUGAUACAGUGUUGUGUGACAAAUUGACCCGUAUGAAGUAUUCGAUCGGGGUUCCGUUAUAAUGUC